UUCAAAGCCUACAGCAGCGACCAAACCACUUUCCUAUCCUGAAACCACGGCUCCCGUCGAGUAAAAACUCCAUGAGAAUUUCUGUGACUUCUCUUUCCUUCUCCCCGGCUCAUCUGCUGCUGCUGCUGCCGCUGCCUCCUGCACCCUGUCUCCACUUACAGGGUGACAUCACUGGAGUUUCCCUUCUGCAGAAGCAGCUGCCACAGCAUAAAUACUACAAGCUCUCUGGCAGAAGUUCAUUCGAACACAAUAGCAAACACUUAAAGAGAGAAGUAGCAGCAGCACAGAGCAUCCUGCUGAGGCUUACGUCUGAGGACAAUCAAGAAAGUCAGAAAGAUUUCAAAAUCAGAGUGUUGCACAGAAUGAUGGCAUACGCAACCACGCCAGGUGAUGUGGAGAUGGCUCUUGAGGAGAGGAUGGUGGUUUUAGUGGAGAAGAAAUCCUCUUCAGGGAGGUCACUGAAGGUGCUUGGGGCCCUUCUCAUUGUGGCCCUUUGUAUCGGAGGCAUCCUGCUGUUUGCUUGUUACUGGAACGGAAAGUUGGAAAUGAAGAAGCAAUCAGGCCAGAAAGAAACACAAAUCAAGAAGGACACAUCAGAGAAAACAGAUCACCACGACACCCUGAGGAGAAUCGGCAGCAAAGCGAAGGCAGCAAUCCACUUAGAAGGUUGGUAUGACGAAGACGGUGAGACAAACCAGCUCGAGUGGAGAAGCGGUCAAGGCCAGGCGUUCGCUCAGGGCGGCUUCAAACUGGAGAACAACCAGAUCGUCAUCCCACAGAGCGGCCUCUUCUUUGUGUACAGCCAGGCGUCGUACAGGGUCUCCUGCAGCGAUGGCGAGGAGGAGCGAGGGGCGGGAAAACGUACCAAGCCUCUGAGCCACAGGAUCUUGCUCUACACAGACUCCAUCGGCGAAAAAGUGUCCCUGAUGAAUGCAGUGAGGUCGGCGUGCCAGAACACGGCACAGGAGGGAGGGUACAGCUCGGGACAGGGCUGGUACAACACCGUUUACCUGGGCGCCGUGUUUCAGCUCAACAAAGGGGACCGACUAUGGACAGAGACCAACCAGCCAUCGAAGCUGGAGACCGACGAGGGCAAGACGUUCUUUGGUGUGUUUGCACUUUGAAAAAAAGGUCAAAAUCUCGGCACGGGGCUUAAAUGUAGGCUUCUAUUUUAUUUGUAGAAAUUCUUUACGUUUUAUUUGUAUUCAUCCUCAUGGUGAUGGAGAAAGGUUCAAAUCUCAAUGGAGAUAACGUUUAUAGCCGAACAGGCUCGUUUUUAAAAAGUCCUAUGAACUGUAACAGUUUGCAACAU